CGAAAAACUCCCGAGUUUUUCUCCACUCCGAGGCGCUUCGUGGGAAACGGGAGGCGAUGGAUCAUCGCGGGGUCACGAAGAUCAGCACCGGGACCACCAUCAUGGCCGUGGAGUUUGAUGGCGGAGUCAUCCUGGGCUCUGACUCCCGAGUUUCUGCAGGGCAGUCGGUGGUCAAUUGCUUCUUCAACAAGCUAGAGCCCCUGCACGACCGGAUUUACUGCGCCCUCUCCGGCUCUGCGGCUGAUGCUCAGGCCAUGGUUGAUCUGAUCAAUUACCAGCUGGAGCUCCACAGGUGAGGAAAUCUAUGGAGC